AAAUAAAAUCAAUCACGUAUCAACAAUUUUACGUAUCCAUUUCAAGCAAAACUACUUUUACUUUGGUUCUUUGGUUAUCUUACUAAAAGUCUAAAAUGUCACGUGGUGAUUUUGGUGGUGGGUACCAAGAUUUUAAAUCAGAAGGCUAUUCAAAUGUUCCAAAAGAUGACAACAACUACCAAAGAAUAUCAACAUCUAUCGGCAACAAUAUACCCAUACUUACUAAGAAAGUUGCAUCUAUCCAAAGAAUGGUCAAUCAGAUUGGGACAUCUCAAGAUGUUCCAGAGUUAUUUGAACAAUUACAAAAUGAUCAAAAAGAAGCUAAUCAGAUAGCAAAGCAAACAUCAACACUUCUUAAACAAUUGAGUCAAUUAGAAACUGGUAACACAGCAGAAUCUAAACAAAGAAAAUUUCAACAAGAAAAAUUUCAAGAGAACUUUUCAAUUGCUUUACAAAAUCUUCAAAAAGUACAAAGGCUAGCUGCUGAAAAAGAAAGAUCAAGCGUACAAAGAGCAAGAGCUAAGUCUAUUGAAAAAGGAUAUGGAUAUUCUGAUGAUACAUCACCAAUCAAGUCUUCUGGAGUUCAAUUACAAGUGCAACAGGAAGCAGAACUUUCACUUGAUAUGAUUAAAGAGCGCGAAGAUGCUUUACGACAACUGGAAUCAGACAUUGUUGAUGUUAAUGAGAUAUUUAAAGACCUUGCAAUCAUGGUACACGAACAAGGUGAAAUGAUUGAUAGUAUUGAAGCCAAUGUUGCAACAGCUGCCAUUCAAGUUGAAACUGGCAAUGCUCAACUUGAGAAGGCAAAAAACUACCAAAAAUCAGCACGAAAAAAAAAAUGUUGCUUACUUGUUAUAUUAUUAGUAUUUGCAUUAGUAAUUGGGCUCAUUAUAUAUUUUUCUGUAAAAAAAUAAUUGUUUUGUAAAUUUUUCAAAAGUAUUUGUAUAUUAAAUAUUUUUUUAUUAAAUUUUUUUUUAACUCGUAGAAUUUUUAUUUUGGGUUGCACUACUUUCUUUCAUUUUCUUCUUCAACCCAUUAAUAGUAAAAAUUAUAUGUCAUUUUUUUUAAGUUUUUAUUUUAAUUUUCAGAUUAGAUUUUCAGUUUUUGUUUGCAUUUGCGAUAUUUGUACAGUGUUUUUGUUUGCAAUUUUCAGUUGUUCUAUUUAGUAUGUUAUUGAGAUUUUUUAAUAAUGUUUGAAUAAACUCUUAAUUUAACAUUUCUAAUAAGUAAAUGUUGUAAAUAAGUUGCUACUAAAUUAAUAUUAAAGUUAAUAUUA